CUGUUUGGUCAUAGGACCAGCUCUAAACUAUUCGAGAAUAAACUCAUAUAGAAAAAUCUACAAAGACCAAAACCCUAUCCCUAACAUUUGCCCAAAAAGUAUCUGCAAAAUCCGAAACCUUAACUAUGGAAGAUAGUUUCAGAGUUCGAGUCGAUAAAGCUUUUGGCUCUCUUGCCUCCGCCACCUCCACCUCCACCUCCACAGCAGCAGUGCCACCGUCUUCCAAUUUGAGCGCUUUAUGGAGCCUAACAGACGACGAAAUCGAGCGAAACGAGUGGAACCGAGACAAGAACAGUCCUGAACCCGAAACUGAAACCGAUUUAUUUCUUUUCAAGAAAGGUUCUUCAUCCCACAACCGUGGGAAGUCUGACGUGGAUCUCCGAUUGGAGCUGGAGAAGGACUUAGAUGAUCUCGAUUAUGAUGACGAUGAAUUGGAUGAUGAACAAUCACGCGAUGGCUCAAGUACCUCGUCUAGCCAGUUGGCGAAUCGAAAACCUGAUGAUUAUAAUGAUGAAGAAUGGGAGAUUAAGAACUCCAUUGGCUUGGAUUGUACUCUUGAUUAUGAGGAAGAGGAAGACCAAUAUGACAAAGUGGCUGUUGGGAGGGAAAAGGCUGGCGACCGCUUGUACAUGAAGGAUAUGACUGACUAUGGGAUAAAUGUUGAUUCCAGCAACGAGUUUCCCAUUACGUUUAAGGAUGUUGUCAGGGACCCUCGUGCGAAUCACAUUGCUGCAAAACUUAGGCUUAAAGAAGAUGCAGAAGCUGCUAAAAAAAUGGAUACUUUGCGGGUUUCUGAGAAAGAUUCGCCAGAUAUUUUUCGUGAUCAUGUUAAAAUGAAUGAUGAUGGUAACUUGAAACCUAUACUAAAGAGAAAGGAUGAUGAGUCUAAUUCUAAGUAUAAAAAUAAUCAGUUGGAUUUGAAGUUGCAAAAACGCGUCCGGUUUGACCCAGGAUGUAAAGAUGGUUGUGAUAAGGAAUCUGAUGAAGUUGGUGAUGUGCACAUGGUUAAUGAUUCAGAAGAUAAGUCUUUGGUAUAUCCUUUACCCCCAGAUUAUCCUUCUGGGAUUCCAGAUUAUAUGCGAAAUCCUUCAAAAUAUACACGGUAUACAUUUGAUUCAUCAACUGAUGUAGAUGAGCAGUCUAACCGACAAGCCUUUAAGGACUUUCUGAAAAUGCUGAAGAAGACAAAAGGUACCGAUUCACAGCCAGAUGAUGCUUCCGGUGAGCUUCCAAAAUCAGUAACCUUCGUACCUAAGAGGAAAGUUGGUGAUUCUGAGAUGGUAGACAGCCGCAAUGAGUCGAAACAAAACCAGGACUCUUUGCAGAGGAGGGGUUUACCCAUUAGCAUUCCAGCGGCUGAUGCAGAAGAUAGUAAACCUAGUGCCAUGGAUGAAGAUGAACCAGAAACAGCCACUGAUAAGAGAGAGAGUUCACAGAGAGCAGGCCGUAAGUAUCGGGCAAAGGUCAGACCAGAAACAGAAGAUCCCGUUUGAGAGGUCUGCCACCUUUUGUGACACUGUACUAAUUGCUAUUUCACGGAACCUUGUCUGACUGGAUAGUUAUGCAUUUGCAUUUCUUACAAUGGUAUGUGAUUUUACAGUUUUCUUACCUUUAGUUGGUUAAGAGCUCAGAUCUUGCUUAGAAAUGAUCAGAUGGGAUUUACAUUUCGUAUGAUACACAUUUGUUGUCGGUUGCUAAUACUUCAAUGUCAAAAGUUCUAGUUGAUUGAUCCUGAA